AUGAGGCUUGUCUUGGUUAAACCUACCAAUGAAACGGGCCUUCUUGACUCCACCGGGGCUGCGCACAGCGAAAGGGUGCCGGAUCAUUGCAACGCAAAGCGGCACUCCGCCGCAGGUGAGGCGGGAAUGCAGCAUCGCUACUCGGGAGCCGUCCAUCAGCACCACCACCACCAACAACAACACGCGGAGCACAGGGGUGGCCCUGGUCAGACUGCACACCCCUUGCCAAAACAGAGCCAAGAGAAUCUUCCCAGCACUUUCAGUCAGGAAGCACCAGUCAAAAGCCAAGGGAGCCACCCAAGUCUCGCAGACUGUUCCAAACCCCCCCUAAAUCGGCAGCAGAGUGUUGGAGGGGCUGCCAAAACUGCGAAUUGCCAACAAGAUCAUUGUUCGUGCAGCUGCGGAUUGCAAGAGCAUCAACAGCUGUUGCAGCAGCAGCAGCAUCAGCAUCACAACCCUCCACCUUCCCUCCAGCUACAGGUUCAGCAGCAGCGGCUGCUGAGGAGCAGCCUGCCCAACUGCUGCGUGAGGGGAUCCGGGGAGCUGAGAAGCCAGCAGCCGGCUUUGCUGCUGCAGCACCAUGACAACGACAGCCUGAGAUCAGGCCAGCAGCGGAAUUUAGCUCAUCACGCCCGUGCGUGGACGCCUGAUAGAUGCCAGGGAGCCAGGAACUCCGUUUCGCCGCGGAGUAAAAGCAGCCCGCUGUCUUCUGACAGUCGCCUGUGGCUCGAGGAGAAUAAACACAGACACGAAGGCUAUAAGGUGAAUGCGGAUGCCAACAGGCUGAGCCAUGCUGGAUCGCGGCCUUCCCUGUCCCACGGCGGCCCACAGUAUCCUCAGAUAGCCAUGAACAGCUGCAAGUACAAUGGGGGCAUAGUCAGACCACUCGGCAGUCUGGGGGCGUCCCGGAGGAACCUAGCAGAGCUGGACUCUGAGACACAGCCUUUGCAGACCCUGCACACUUCCGGCCUGGAGGUGGUGGUCUCCAAAGGGAACGGGGAAGACCCUAGUAAGCAGUCCAGCGAGAACCUUGUGAGGCAAAGACCAUGCAGCGCUCCGCAUAAGAAGAACAAGGACAUUGGCUAUAAGCUCGGGCACCGGAGGGUGCUGUUCGAAAAACGCAAGCGCCUUAGCGACUACGCCCUGAUUUUUGGAAUGUUUGGGAUUGUUGUCAUGGUGACGGAAACCGAACUCUCCUGGGGAGUUUAUACAAAGGAAUCCUCAUAUUCAUUUGCACUGAAAUGCCUUAUUAGCCUCUCUACUGUAAUUCUGCUCUGUCUGAUCAUUAUGUACCACGCACGAGAGAUUCAGCUCUUCAUGGUUGACAAUGGAGCAGAUGACUGGCGGAUAGCCAUGACGUACGAGCGUAUCUUCUUCAUCGUUUUGGAGCUGCUGGUGUGUGCCAUCCACCCCAUUCCAGGUCAGUACGUCUUCACCUGGACCGCCCGCCUGGCCUUCACCUACACCCCGUCUGUGGCGGAUGCAGACGUGGACAUCAUCCUCUCCAUUCCCAUGUUCCUGCGGCUGUAUCUGAUUGGCCGGGUCAUGCUCCUGCACAGUAAGCUCUUUACGGACGCCUCAUCACGCAGUAUCGGAGCCCUCAAUAAGAUCAACUUUAACACACGCUUUGUCAUGAAGACUUUGAUGACUAUCUGCCCAGGCACGGUCCUGCUAGUUUUCAGCAUAUCAUCAUGGAUCAUUGCUGCCUGGACUGUGCAUGUCUGUGAGAGAUAUCAUGAUAAAGUGGAAGUCACCAGUAACUUCUUGGGAGCCAUGUGGCUGAUCUCCAUAACCUUCCUGUCUAUUGGUUAUGGAGACAUGGUGCCUAACACAUACUGUGGGAAGGGAGUGUGUCUCCUUACUGGAAUCAUGGGGGCCGGUUGCACUGCCCUAGUGGUGGCUGUCGUAGCCAGGAAGCUAGAGCUCACCAAGGCUGAAAAGCACGUCCAUAACUUUAUGAUGGACACUCAACUCUGCAAAAGAGUGAAAAACACUGCUGCUAAUGUACUCAGGGAAACAUGGCUAAUCUACAAACACACAAAACUUGUGAAAAAGAUUGACCAUGCCAAGGUCCGGAAACAUCAGCGCAAGUUUCUGCAGGCCAUUCACCAAGCUCAGAAACUGCGAAGUGUGAAGAUGGAGCAAAGGAAGCUGAAUGAUCAAGCAAACACACUGGUGGACUUAGCAAAGACACAGAAUGUGAUGUACGACCUGGUCUCAGAGCUGCAGGAGCGCAGUGAGGAGCUGGAAAAGCGGAUCGGUCACCUAGAGGCAAAACUGGACUCCAUAAACAACAGUCUGCAGGCUCUGCCUGGCCUGCUCUCACAAGCCAUACAGCAGCAACAGCACCACCUGCUGGACGGGCUGACCCAGCGCGGAUUCACUUUCACGCGCCCCUCCUCGCAGACCUCUGAACGCUCCUGGGCGUCAUCCGUGCACCGGCGGAGAUCUCCCUCUACCGCACCACACACGUCCUCCGAUAGUGGCUAGCACGCUCUCACACACUCAAAACCAUACUCUAAACCUACACACACACUCCUACACACCUCUAUCACCCACUUACACUGCUAAAUAUACUUUUAGUACUAAAACCUUAACAAGAAUGACAGCUUCAACACACUGGAAUAAACAUGUAAUGAAUAAACACAUCAUGGUAGAGAUAUGGUUUAUGUUUAGCCAUUGUAUGGCUGUUUAAAGUUAGCUUUUUUGUAAAGCCCUGGUAUAGUAUGGACUGGAUUCAGACUGCAGGGGGUGAAAUGGAUUUAUAUAGAGAGAUAUAGUUUGGAAAUAGAGAAUUAAAUGGAGCUAACCUCAUGGGAAUACAGAGGACUGAGAAGGAAGGAAAAAUGGGAGAGGAAGUCACCAGA